CGCCCGCCUCUUCCUGCCUCGCUGACCGGUUACCGGUCCCCAACCACCCCCCCGCGCGGCCCCCGAGGUUAUCCCCCCGCCCCCUGCGCCACCCAUCACCGGGCUGUCACCAGCUCCGCGGCUUUCCACAACCGAGGCCCACCCUGGCUUGGAGGGAACUGAAGGCCAGAGGAAAGAAGGCGCCCAGCCAAGAGAAAGUCGAGCAAAGCCAAGGAGAAGAAGCAGAAGCGGUUGGAGGAGCGAGCAGCCAUGGAUGCCGUUUGUGCCAAAGUGGAUGCGGCCAACAGGCUUGGAGACCCUCUAGAGGCUUUCCCAGUGUUCAAGAAAUAUGAUCGAAAUGGGUUGAAUGUCUCCAUUGAAUGUAAGCGGGUGUCUGGACUGGAGCCAGCCACUGUGGAUUGGGCCUUCGACCUGACCAAAACAAAUAUGCAAACCAUGUAUGAGCAGAGCGAGUGGGGCUGGAAGGACCGAGAGAAACGAGAGGAAAUGACAGAUGACCGAGCCUGGUACCUCAUUGCGUGGGAAAAUAGUUCUGUCCCCGUUGCCUUUUCUCACUUCCGGUUUGACGUGGAGUGCGGGGAUGAAGUCCUGUACUGCUACGAAGUGCAGCUGGAAAGCAAGGUGCGGCGGAAAGGCCUGGGGAAGUUCCUCAUACAGAUCCUGCAGCUCAUGGCCAAUAGCACACAGAUGAAGAAGGUUAUGUUAACGGUAUUUAAACACAAUCAUGGCGCCUACCAGUUCUUCAGAGAAGCGCUGCAAUUUGAAAUCGAUGACUCUUCCCCUAGCAUGUCUGGUUGCUGUGGAGAGGAUUGCUCCUAUGAGAUCCUGAGCCGGAGGACCAAGUUUGGGGACAGCCAGCACUCCCAUGCAGGUGGACACUGUGGUGGCUGCUGCCACUGAACUCCCAGAGCUACUUGCAAGUCACAAUGCUGUCUCCUAAGGCCUAUCCUCUCCCUGGUCUCAUGCCGCUUGCCAGGUGCCCUCAGAGCUGGUGCCUCCUCAGCCCGGCACGUGCCAGGCUGUACCCUGAAAGCACAGAACCCUGGGAAGGGGGUCCAAACUACACUUCCUCCUCUCUCCUAGAAGACCAGAGUGCCGGAGGAGUGGAGAGGGAAGAGCUGGCGGAGGCCCAGCCAUAAUGCUCGUCCCCACACAGUGGCUUCCUCUUUGUUUGGUUCCCCCACUUCUCUGCAGCUGGAUUCUCAACAGCCCCCCGACAUACACACUUGGACAAACAUUCAUGCCCACCUUUAUGAAAGUCCUGGAGUCCUGGGUCUGAGGUCUGCUUGUCCCCAAAGAGAAACGGACCCAGUGUGAGAUCUUGAUGUAAAGAGAGGCUUCAGAGAGACUCAGGCUUUCGUGGAUGGAACGCUCUGAUGGAGGCUGUGGGAAGAUCUUUUGUGCCAGGAUACAAGGAAGCAAGCAAAGCUCUUUUUAGCUGUUUUUAUGGAUCCAUGGAGUAGAGUUGUUUCGGGACCAGCCGACUCUGGGAGGAAGGCGGCCUCUCUCUCCAUUGCUGUCAGUGAGAGAGAGGCUGAGAGGACCAGGAACAAGGUGCCGUGCGGGGGCCUGCCGUGGGCACAAUGGCUUCUCGGGGCUCCUGGAUUUUGCUGCAUUCUAAGCUUAACCUCUUGAUCUCACGGCAGUGACUUGAGCUUUUCAUCCGUAGAAGAAAGCCAGAGGUUCUGCUUGUUCCUCUCUGUUGCCCCUCACCGCUCUUUUUCCCCUGCCUCUCGCCUGUACCCUAGAUACCUCUGUUCUUAGUCUUAAGGGGGGAAUAACAUCAGGGAGCCCCUCGUCUUCCCCCAGAAGGACCCUCGUUCCUGGUGUAGUUAACGCUAUUUCCUCUCAUCUCUUGGUGCUGAUAGUUCUCUGAAGGUGGGGCAUCCCUCCCCACUGCCACCCUCCCUCUUCAGAGAGCCCCCAGCCAGCAGCAGGCCCCUCUGCCUGCACUCCCCAGCCUCGCCCCUCGCUGCCUCAGUGAGGCACUAGUGCCACUGCCUGGCCCAGGCGAGCCAUAGCUCAGGCUGCAACAGGAAUGCCUCUCAGUGGCCAAAACAGCUGCUUUUCUGUCUCUGGUGUCACUCUGUGGCAGCAGGCUGGAGCAGGGGGAGGAGAAGGCCUUCCUCCUCUCUCAAGGGAUAGGAUGCAGGCUCAGAACCUAUAGUCAUCCUCAUCUCUAGGCCUUGUUCCUGUUUCAGGGAAGACAAACCAAAUCCUUAUCAAGGAAAAAGCACCUAACACCUCCCCUUGGACAUCCCUGAGCUCUGCUUUAGGGAGUAUCAUGAAGGUUCUAGCCUUUGUGAAGUUGCUCUCAUGGAAGUCUGUCAGUCCCUCUGACC